AGCCCCAACUGUUGCAGGAUGCAAACUGAGACUACUUUUAUAGAGUAUAGUAGUGUAAAUGUAGCAUACCUACAAACUGUAUGACUGUUGUGUCCACUGAACAGACACCUGCUUCAGAAUUCUGUAGAAUUUCAGAGGUAAGAGAAGGGAGUUUCUGUCUGACCAUCUGUCAGUCUUAUGACAGGUAAAUUAUUUUCUCUGUAAGUGUUGUUCUGUUUUCUUAACCAUGCUUUUCCCUUUCCACGUGCCCAGUACUGUAUGCUGUAAGAUGUGACUGAGUUGCUAGGGCCUCAGCAAGAAACAAACAGUAUAAAACCACUCAGAUGUGAAAGGGCAUAGCUUCCCCUUCCUCUUACCACCAUACCCAAGAAACCAAGAGCCUGUGAAGCCUGAGAACAGCCCACACGAGACACAGCCAUCUUAUGCAACCACACAUUCAAACAGAAACGUUAUCGCUGACGCGUUAUUGCUGACUUCUUCACAUGCACACACUGACAGUUUUUUUUUCAGCCGCAGAAGUGCGUCAGGAAGUUUUGUUGUUGUUCUUGUUUGCCACUGUACAGCUCAAGAGGAGACAGUCAGUCUACUGUUCACAGAGAGGUGUGAAGCAUGCAGUCACCGGUGGUCACCUCUGGGUCCAACCGUUCCGCUCCGUCUAUGCUGACCAUUUAAAGAGAAGACAAAGAAGCACAAGGCGUCAUGGGAGUGAAGAGGUGAAUGAUUGACCACAGGAAAGAAGCCAUUUGAAUUAUGCCAGCAGUGUCUGUGUAGGCAAGGAAAUGGCUCAGAAUAUGUCUGGCUUGCGGGAGGAGACCCCGAACUCCUCAUCACAAUGUGACGACAACAUGACCAGCUGGAACCAAAGCAUGCAGACAAUGUACACCUACUUCUACCUGCUGCUCUUCAUCCCCGGGCUGCUGCUCAACACCACUGCUCUCUGGGUCCUCUGCAGAUAUAUUAGGAAGAAGACCAAGGCUGUGAUCUUCAUGAUAAACCUGGCAUUUGCGGACCUGGCCCAUAUCCUCUCUCUGCCCCUCAGGAUCUAUUAUUACUUCACACACACCUGGCCCUUUGGACAUGGCAUGUGCUUGUUCUGCUUCUAUCUCAAAUACCUCAACAUGUACGCCGCCAUAAUGUUCCUGGUGUGCAUCAGCGUGCAGAGGUGUGUCUUCCUGCUUGACCCAUUUUUUGCUCGGCGAUGGAGGCGGCGCUAUGACCUGUUGAUAAGCAGUAUAGUGUGGUUGGUGGUUGGCCUGGGCUGCUCGCCGUUCAUUCUCAUGCGGAGCAGUAGCACCAAUGCUAGUACCAGCGUAAACACACAGACAUUUAAUAACUUGUCCUUUUCUGUGACUGAAACCUUUACCCAACAUUCCUUAGAUUACACCAGCAGCAGGUCAGUGUCCAUCCCCAAUUCUUCCAGAGGAGAGUGUUUUAAAGACCUGCCCAUGCGUAGACUCUCCCAACCUCUGGCAAUCUCCAUGAUGACCCUGGCUGAGCUGUUUGGUUUCAUCAUUCCUUUGGCCUGCAUAAGCUACACCUGUGUACACAUUGCUCACUCCCUCAACCAAAGAAAAAUCCAGGAUCAGCAUAGCCCAUACACACUCAACUCCUCAGCACGCAGCAGACUCCAGUCAGUCACCUCCAACUGCCAGAUGGAUAAAUAUGAAAAGCAUACAAAUGGUGACAAGCGGCGUGCCCUGCGGAUGGUGCUGAGCUGUUCUGCCCUCUUCUUGUUCUGCUUUGCUCCCUACCACCUCAACUUCUUGUUAUACCUGAUGGUCUCACAGGAAAUGGUGUCCCAUUGUCCUACCAGGCAGGCUGUACUUAAGUUCCACCCAGUCUCUCUGUGCCUGGCGAGCCUGAGCUGCUGCCUCAACCCUCUGCUUUAUUACUUUCUAACAGCUGAGUUCAGGAUGCACCUCACCAGCCGCUCCUCCUCCUUCUCCUCCUCUCUCCUCUCCUCCCCAAUCAGUUCCCCAACCCAGAGGAAUGGUCCACAGAGACUGAUGAGCAUGGAAAGCAGCUAUUCGGAUAAAGAGUAGCAUUAUUUAGAGCAACGUUUGUUUUUCCCUCAGGGAAUGACAGAGAUAAACAUGUCAAACAGAUACGUCUUCAUAAUGCAUUCAGUCGAAUUUGAUAAGUUGGACCAGAUCACUUCACAUGUCACGGCUGAUCCACGGAGCUUUGACCUCAGUGGGAAGAGCACCCAGGGGACGCUGCUUUAGAACAAACAAGGUUUUUAAUCAGCAGCUAAAAUAACGUAUGCCUGUGUGUCAUAUUGAAUGUGCGCUUGUUACAUGCAGUUGUUAAACUUGCUAUAUGAACAUGUCUCCUGAGCUCAAGCCAAAGGAAACAAGCAAAAACUUCAAAUAAGCUACUGUACAUAGUAAAUGUCAAGGUAUACAAAUGCAUGUUAAAGUACUGUAAAUAAAAAGAA